AUAUAAAAAACUUUCUCAUACUUGGAUUUUCCUUGAUGGGAGCAUGAGAAGGGAAGAGGUUGCCCUAUCAGAUUGGUGAUGAUGAUGCAAAAGUUGUCCCGUCAUGAUUCGGAAGAGAUGGGAGGCAGAGUGGUGUGGGUGAAAAAGUGGAUAUUUUUUCACAAUAGCAAUUCGCGGGGAAUUGAACCCUUGACCUCAUUGAUGGAGGUGAGCCUACUUAGAAAGUGGACUACCUAGGCUUCUCCGCUAAAUUGUAGGUCUUAUGAGAGGCAGGCCAAAAUCGGUGCCCCCACGACCUCGUUGUGAAUUGCACGACAUCAGGUUUCUCCACCAUCUCUCCGAGCGGGUUUGACGUUGACGUUGACAAUUUGUAAUUUUUUUCACCGGGCCCCACAUUAAGCGCAAAUUGUUGAUGGAACUUUUCAUCGAGCCUCGCUAUAGGUGCCAAUUGUUGAUGUCAGGGCGCCAUUCCAUGGGAUGACUCGAGGAUCCUAUGAUUUGGCGGCAAAUCGAUGGAGAAACUAGUGGGGUUGAGGGCCCGCAGUUCCGGACCAAAGAUUGACACAAAUCAAUCUUGGUCGAGAGAUCCUCGAUUCUUGGAGAUAGCAAAUUGAUUGAUGUUUUGAGUUGUAUCUUGACGAAUACCUUCUUCAGGUUGCAUAUCCUGCAUCCCAUCUCAUUGGGAUCCUCGAUUCUUGAAGAUAGCAACUUGAUUGAUGUUUGGAGUUGCAUCUUGACGAAUCCCAUCUUCAGUUUGCAUAUCCUGCAUGUCCAUCUCGUUGGGAUCCUCGAUUCUUGGAGAUAGCAACUUGAUUGAUGUUUAGAGUUGCAUCUUGAUGAAUCCCGGCUUCGGCUUGCAGAUCUUGUGUGUCCACCUCGUCUUGCUGGAUUGACGAUUUGUUGGUAUUAAUCUCACCGGGCCCCACGGUGGGCGCCAAUUGUUGAUGCCAAGCUCCGAGGAGCCUGCUUCAAUGUGUUUGAGGUCCGGUUAGCGUCGAUCUUCCUGGCCAACAUCCGCGACCAGCCUCCGAGAUGGACACCUGCAAAACAAGAGGAACCGUCGACGGUGUGUCGGCGGGGACCUGCUCCGAAGCUCAAGUCAGUAUUGAGAGGAGAGUAACCGGGAGCGGCAUAUUGAGCCGACUCUUGAGAGAGAUUUAGAAGUUCAACUCCAAAAUGAACUACUGAGAAAGCAUAAAUGGCGUAGAUGGCGUGUGAAUAAUAAUAAAAUAAAAAUAAUACAUUUACACCCAACCAACCGAGUGCAAUGGAUGGUUGGUUACUUUAACUAAUUAAGUAUGAUAGAAGAAAGGAAGUAAAAUAUUCACCUUGAUGGAGAAACUCCUUCUUCUCCACGUAUAGGUUGAUGGGGAGUGAGUUUGGUUGUGGUAAAACAGAAAGUGAAUUCCCUUAGUUCGUUUAAGCAAUGGAAAAAAACAACAACAUGGUCACUCAUCUUCCACGUGCAAAUGGAGAGGAAGGGUACAAGGGUUUGCUUGUGUGGGAUUGAUGACACCUCCACUAAGAGAGGUUAAAUGUUGGAAGAAAGGACAAGCUUUACUUGCUUGGCUUCUCCAAUGUGUCAUUGAAUGAGAAAGAAGGGUAGUGAGUGGCUAGAGGUAAACAAUUAGCUAGCACACCACUUAAACACCUCAUUCAUGUAAAUGGUAAAUAUAUUGCAUGCCAUGUAGCUUUGUUUGUUGGAGGGAGUUGAGAUGGUGGCACUGCCAUGUCUAUCAUUAUAACCCCUUGGAAAGAUUAUGUGAAGAUAGAAUUGUGGUGGAUCACCUCUCAAAUAAACAAAUUAUAUUUUCUACAUGAAAAUGGAGAGGGUGAUUGGUGGAGCUAGGAAAAUAGAAGAUAAGAGGAGCAUCAUUUAUCUUUCUCCCCAAAAGCAACGUGGAUGAAGCCAAAAGAAGGGUUGGCUUAUGUUAAUUUGAUUAAUUGGAAGGGAGUAAAUUUGACACUCACCAUCACUCAUAAUAUCCCUUUCCAAGUGUGGGUUAAUGGAUGAAGGAGUGCAAUUGUGCUUACUUUGUGAGUGAAAAUGUUUUUACAAGUAAAAAUAAUGUCCAUACCCUUGUACCAUGUAGAAAUGAACGGAAUUUUUCAGAUGAAUGUAUGUAUUGUGAAUGACGUGUUUACUGAGAUGCAUAAAAUAUUCAUGGUAAAAUAACGUAUUUUGAUGUCGGUUGAAUACUGGGUCCAUCAGUUACAGAAAACGUAUUAGCUUUCAAAAGAGAAGAAAGAGAACAGUCGCAGGUUCCUUGUGCAGUGAAGCAAAUUCCUAUUCCUUUCCAGUUCCAGGCGGAUAGAAUCGGGAAACGAACUAUGUCACCUUCUUCUUCUUCACAUGAUAUCGUACUCACCAGCUCACCGGAGGGACCCAUCACCGCCUACAACGCCUCCACCGGAGCCGUCCUUGCCCGCCUCACCGGCACCCGCUCCCCUCGCCGCGGCCUCGCUCUAGUACAAAACACUUACAUCGCCGCCUCCCACAUCUCCUCCUCCUCCACCGCCGCCGUCCACCUCUACAAUUGGUGGUCAUCCACCGCCCUCCACCGCCUCCCUCUCCCGGAACCCGUUGCCCCUCUCGCCCCUUCCCCCGACGGCUCAUGCAUCUUCGCCGGCGGCCUCUCGGGCAACAUUCAUUCUCUUUCUGUCCCCUCCGGUGACCUAAUCGCUUCCUUCCUUGCUCACCCUGGCUCCCCUGUUUCUUGCCUGGAAAUUUCCCCUGACUGGUCGCUCCUCGUCUCAGGAGGAGACGACGGCAGAAUCGCUGUUUUCCCAGUCUUCCAAUUCCUUCAAAAUUCCUCCCAAAGCCAAAACGACAAGUCAAUGACGAUGAGCUUUACAGCCCAUGAUGGGCCUGUGACCGCCAUUGUCCUCUGUAUGGGUAUCUCUCAGCCCACUGUGGUUUCCUGCUCAACUGAUUCCACUUGCAAGCUAUGGAAUCUUCUGGAAGGGAAGAACCUCAUGACGGUGGCGUUUCCGUGUCCAAUUUCAGGAGUUGCUUUGGACCCAUCGGAGACAGAUCUCUACGCUGCAGGUUCUGAUGGUUCAGUUUACCAUGGAGUUCUGAAAUAUGAAAGCAGGAAAAAUAGAAGUGGCCAAUUGAUUACUGCAUUGCCAGGAAAACACCGUGCUGCCAUUGUGUCAAUCGCUCUGGUGAACGGCGGGAAGAGAUUGGUAUCCGCUGCGGAAGACGGCAGUGUUCAUGUGAGGAAAGUAGAGACAGGGGAGAUUGUGAUAACUAUGGGGGAUAGUAAUCUAGAGAGCAUAAGUGAGAUGGUGGUUGCCAAGCGUGGGAUCGUUGAUGAUGGCGGAAGAAGAAGGCAUGGUUAUGGCGGCUCUGAAUCAUUUGACUUCUGGGGUUGUGGUGGAAGCUCCUCUCCCUCUGGAUUGCCUGGGAAAGAGCUAUGUGCACUAGGUAUAAAAGAAGCAGGGGAACUUGAGAAAGUUAUGAGCUCUGUAAUGGAAGAUAGAGGCAAGGCAAUUAACAUGCUGGAGUCUGCAAUUGAAGUUUACGGGAGCCUAUUGAAACUCAUUCUGAAGGAAGCCAAUAGAGGUACUAACAACAACAGCAAUAAUAUAUGAAUUGGAAGCAAACAAACGUGGAUUUAUUACUCUUUUUCAGCCAUAGCUGAUAUAAAGGAACGCAAAAUGCUCAGCAAACGAUACAACUAGAAGAUAAAUUUAGCCUCUCAAGAGAAAACAUUAGAACACUCAACUGGCAAAAUAUUUACAGUUCUAGAAACCAAGUGA